AUGGCGGAUUUGGGAGCCCAGCGUAACCGGAACUACCGGCCUUAUGGCGCGGCCUCAUCCACACAGCGAGAUGCUGCGUAUUCUGAUAUCUUUGGCAGUGCGCCGCCACCAGGCCGCUCCCAAACGAUGACCUCGCAGACUCCCCAGCUCCCUCAAGGUCGGGCUCACACUAUGUCGUCGCAAGUGCCGCACCCCCAAUUCCAUCGGCAGCCUCCCCCGCCAACACGACAAAUGCCCAACGGAUAUGGACCACCGCCGCCAUCUGCGCCAGCGAAUGGAUACGCUCCUGCGCCAUCGUCGGGAGCCUACCAGGCAUACAAUCCAACUGGUGCGACGAUGGGGUCGCAACCGCCGCGACCGUAUUCGGGACGCCCCCCCGUGUACCCCCGACCCCAUCGCGUGGAUUCCAGACAGGGACCAACACCCCAGUAUCCGGACCCCCGGGAUUUCAGUCGUCCUAUGCCUCCGCCUGCCUUAAACUCCGAUGCGGGAAGGUCACGAUCGAUGGCCAAAUUGACUGGACCGUCUCAACCACUGACACCGAGCAACUUCAACCACACAUCGGCGAUCGCUUCUCGCCGCGAGCCAUAUCAUGCUGGUGCCCCAACAAUGACUCAACUAGGCCGACCAGUCCCGGAAAGGCAUGUCAACGAGCGAGCCAUGUCGAUGACCAGCUACGCGUCGGCGCCGGACCACACCCACAUCAUGGGCAGUGGUCGACAAAUUCCCCAUCGACGACCACCAUCCGGUCAUGAGCAAUCGGUACCGACAAGAUAUGAUUCCAUGCCGACGAAUGUCGGCGAAGGGUAUACAAAUGCAAAUUCUCGCUCGCCAAGUGAAGCUUCAACACGAUCUCGUACUAUGUCGAUGGCGUCAACUAUUAAUCCUGAUCGCACGAUGAGCGCCCUGAGUCAAUCGACCCAACAGUCUGGACAGACCUUGACUGUUUCAAGUGGCUCGCAGCGCAGAGUUCCUGUGGUUUACCCCGCUCUACUUUCUCGCGUCGCCGAUGUGUUCCGGGAGAAAAUCUCGCUUGGCGAGCGCCAAAAGAACGCCUUGUCUUAUCAAAAUGCUUUCUCCGGUACGGAUGCCGUAGACUUGAUUGGUUCCAUCGUGCGAACAAAUGAUCGCAACCUUGCUCUUCUGUUAGGUCGAGCACUGGAUGCUCAGAAAUUCUUCCACGAUGUCACCUAUGACCAUCGUCUUCGGGAUGCUCCCGGUGAGGUGUAUCAAUUCAAGGAAACUAUGGGAGAGGAUACCCUCAGCUCGGAAGUCAAUGGCGUGUUUACUCUCUUAACCGAAUGCUACUCUCCAACCUGUAACCGAGACAGUCUCUGUUAUUCUAUUGCUUGUCCGCGGCGUUUGGAGCAGCAGGCGAGGUUGAACUUGAAGCCUCAGCCGGUUCUGAGAACCUCGGGAUCUAAGGGCAGCCUGCACAUCGACGAUGACGAUGAUAAUGACAAUCAAAAACUCUGGAUCAACAUGGUUCCGAAGGAAGUUUCUGACACUUUGGAUGACCGUGAGAAGAAACGUCAAGAGAUUAUUUUUGAGAUCAUGUAUACCGAACGCGAUUUCGUCAAAGAUCUGGAGUAUUUGCGAGAUUUCUGGAUGCGCCCCUUGCGUGCCGCAGGGCCAAACCAAACAUCCCCUAUUCCUGAACACCGACGAGAAAAAUUCAUUCGAACCGUCUUUGGAAACUGCUUGGAGGUUUUGAAGGUCAACGGUGGUCUGUGCGAAGCCUUGAACGCAAGGCAGAAGGAAAGCCAGAUCGUUCAAACCGUUGGUGAUAUUUUCCUUCAGCAUGUGCCUCGAUUUGACCCUUUCAUCAAGUAUGGUGCCAAUCAACUUUACGGAAAGUAUGAGUUUGAGAAAGAAAAAGCAUCUAACCAGCCAUUUUCCAAAUUCGUUGAUGACACUGAACGUCUGAAGGAGUCUCGAAAGCUGGAGUUGAACGGUUAUCUCACCAAGCCAACCACUCGUCUGGCCCGAUACCCACUUCUUCUCGAGUCUGUCUUGAAGCAUACUGCGGAUGACAACCCAGAUAAGAAGGACAUUCCUGAGGCCGUGAAGAUGAUCAAGGGCUUUUUGACUCGUGUCAAUACCGAGAGUGGUAAGGCCGAAAAUCACUUCAACUUGGUGCAGUUGAAUGCUGCGCUGAAAUUCGGCCCAGGUGACUAUGUUGACCUGAAGCUUACCGAGGAGAAUCGACAAAUGCUCUCGAAGAUGGCAUUCAAGAAGACUACUGCUGAGAGUUCAGAAGUAACAGCCUAUCUUUUCGACCAUGCGGUUCUUCUCGUUCGCAUCAAAAUUGUCAACAAGCGGGAAGAAUAUCGGGUUUACAAAAAGCCCAUUCCUCUUGAGCUAUUGGUUAUUGCUCAAAUGGAUGAGGUUGUUCCACGUCUGGGAAUUGCAAAGAGACCCUCGUCUAGUCUUCUGUCCAACAAGGCUGCGCCAAAUCCUCCUCCCGCCAAAGAUGGCGGCUUGCCAAUCACAUUCAGACAUCUUGGAAAGGGAGGCUACGAACAGACACUGUAUGCCACAUCUCCAACCCAGAGACGGAAGUUUAUCGAAAUGGUGGAAGAGCAACAGAGAAAGCUUUGGGAGCGAAAUAGCAACUUCUACAACAAGACAGUCCUCUGCGAGAAUUUCUUCUCAGCAAUUAAUCGUGUCAACUGUCUUGUUCCCGUCGAUGGAGGUCGAAAGCUAGUCUACGGCACUGACAGCGGCAUUUAUAUCUCUGAUCGCUGGCCCAAGGAUAAGUCGGCCAAACCUCGCCGGGUUCUGGAAGCCAGUCAGGUUACGCAAAUCGAUAUUUUGGAAGAGUAUCAGCUACUCCUGGUAUUAGCGAACAAGACUUUAUCAUCUUAUCCAAUGGAGGCACUCGAAUUAACAGAGGGUCAGAAUGCCAUGGCCAAGCGACCAAAGAAGAUUCAAGGCCAUGCCAAUUUCUUCAAAGCAGGCAUUGGUCUCGGACGGCACCUUGUUUGCUCGGUGAAGACAUCGGCGUUGUCUAGUACCAUCAAGGUCUACGAGCCAAUGGACAACUUGGCAAAGGGAAAAAAGAAGUCUGCUGUGAGCAAAAUGUUCCAGAGUGGUCAGGACACGUUGAAGCCAUUCAAGGAAUAUUACAUCCCAGCCGAAUCAUCCUCAAUUCAUUUCCUGCGCUCCACAUUAUGUGUUGGUUGUGCUCGAGGCUUUGAGGUCGUCAGUCUCGAGACCACAGAGACCCAGUCUCUUUUGGACCAAGCCGAUACCUCUCUUGACUUUGUGGCCCGCAAGGAGAAUGUCAAGCCUAUUCAUAUUGAACGUAUGAAUGGAGAGUUCCUUCUGAACUACAGCGAUUUCUCGUUCUUUGUGAACCGCAAUGGAUGGCGGGCUCGUCCCGACUGGAGGAUCUCAUGGGAGGGCAACCCGAAUGCAUUCGCACUCUCUUACCCUUACAUCCUGGCAUUUGAGCCCAAUUUUGUUGAAAUUCGACAUGUUGAAACAAGUGAACUGAUUCAUAUCAUGACUGGGAAAAACAUCCGCAUGCUGCAUUCUUCCACGCGAGAGAUCAUCUAUGCGUAUGAAGACGAGAAGGGUGAGGAUGUGGUUGCUAGCUUGGACUUCUGGAGCAAGCCUCAGCAAGCGUAA